AUGAGGACCAGUCAACCCCCCUCAACCCCCCUCAACCCAUCCAUACCUCGAUCCAUCCGAUCCCUCCGAUCCAUCCGAUACAUGCGAUACAUCCUUUCCAUCAGAUCCAUCCGAUCCAUCCGAUCCAUCCGAUCCAUCCAAUCCAUCCAAUCCAUCCAAUCCAUCCAAUUCUUCCAAUCCAUUCGAUACAUCCGAUACAUCCGAUCCAUCCGAUACAACCAAUCCUUCCGAUACAGCCGAUACAUCCGCGAGGUUCCUGAGGUCGAAGGAAAGAAGAAUAAAGAAAUCCUUAAAAUCAUAAGAGAGAAAGGUGUGGAGUGGAAAGAAAAGGAAUUCCCCCCAGCGCCCCUGGAUUUGGGACAUAAUAGGAUGGGAUCAGGAGUAUUGGAAGCAUUGUCUCUUGCCCUCACUGGCUCUCUACUCCAUGUUCCUCUCCUUAAGAAGAACCUGGAGAAAUGGAAAGAUGGUCAAGACAACCCUCUACCUCUUCUUCAGGCAGCAGCAAAUCUUCUAAUGAGACCCAUUAUUCUUCUGUCUCUAUCAGAUUUACCCAAAAGCAAUUCCUGGACUUUCAUACCUCAAGACAUGCCUACCCAGCAACUAGGGUUACUUUUUGUUUGGGAUGAUUCCUCAAAACCAGUCAACAUUCUGCCUCUUGUGCAUCAGAUGGAUCUGAGGGAUCCAAGGGAUCCGAGGGAUCUGAGGUAUCAGGGCUACAAAGUUAAGAAUUCCAGCUUAGAGUACCUCAAGGAAGACCUCUGGAGCCCCUCACUCAGGUCCUCACGUGAACUGCAUGGCCAGAAAGUAGGGUCAAAGGUCACGGCAGACCCACUCCUCUUCGAAAGUCAGUAUCUCCUCAACCGCUUCACCUAA